AUGCCUGCUCAACGACCUUCGCAGCUUCCUCCCUGCCCCGGCCCCCCUCCCAACCGACCUCUGCCUGCUCUUCCCAAGCGAGGCAGGCUCUUGGCUUCAGCUCUUCUCGUCCUCGGUUACACAAUGGCAAAGGACAAGGUUCGCCCGGCUCUUGCGACCUCCCGCGCCGCAUAUGCACAUGCGAACUACGACUGA